GUUUCGCAUCUCAUACCAUCACCUGCCACCAAGGAAAGGCUUGCUGCUUUUAGAAGACUUGAACCUGCAACAAGGUCAUUCAAAACAGACACCCAGGAUUCACAAGAAGUAUCCUCAGGUUCUAUCACCAUGUCAAGUGCCGGAAAAUCUUCCAAGCCUGCCUCCAAGUUCAGCAUUGCCGAUCUCGACACUGUACGAUCCACCAAGAAGAAGGCCACUGCAAGCCCUAGUGUCUCGAUCCCCAAGGCACCCACUAAGGGAAGAGGUGGCAAAAAGAGGAAAAACUCUGAGGUUGAGGAUCUGCAAGGCCUACCACUGAUCCGCCACCAGUUCCUUGAAUACUUCAAUGACAAAUUUGCUGAGAUCGAAGACUAUGUUGGGAGCGUUGAGGAGCUGGACAAGAAGAUUGCUGACCUCCAACAAGUUGCAGUGCUCAAGGAUCUUAAGAUUGCUGAUCUCGAAAAAGCCCUUCAAGACGCCAAGACUCAGACAACUAAAAUCCUGAUUGACAUUGACUACGAGAAGCAUGAGCUCGUGGAAGGUGCAAAGGUCUCCGCUGCCAUCAUAAUUUACAAGACAAAACUGAAGAUGGCCCAGGAAGCUCAAGAUCCUGACUUCGACAGAAGCAGCUGGGAUGUUGAGGGCUGGAAGGCGAGGCUAGCUGAUCUGGAGGAUGAUGAAGAGGCUGAAGAGGUUUUGGCAAUCGAGGCUGGAGGCAGUGGAAAGGAUCAGGUGAAGGAUACUGGAGCUGGAGGGGAUGAUGAUGCAGCGAAGGUGUAGGCUGCAUGAUUGGGCGAUG